AUGUCUUACAGAACUUCGAUCAUCGAUUCCGGAUCAGAGAACGAAUUUGAGUCCCUGGACACAAAAAAGCCUUCUACUUCAAAGCAGGUCAAAACAUCAGUUCAUCAUACAGAGAAAUUGCGGGCGGAAGAAUUUGAUGAAGAGAUUUUUAAUUCUGUCACUUUUCGUCAGGGAGAUGGUUUGGCUACCAUCAAAAGCCAAUUUAAUCCAGACGAAAAGCCGACGGAUUAUUGGACGAUAACACAUUACAAGUGUGCGAAUAUACACAACGUCCCAACAAAGGAAAGGUGGCGACACUCUGAGGCAUCUGUCAAGGUGACGACAUCGGACAAGUCAAAAGAUCAGACUCUCAAUACAAGUUUAAACGAGACCAUGCAGGUUAUAUUUGAUGUAAUUUUGAAAGACCCGGAACGUCGUACAAUAAGAAAUAAAUUAGCCGCAUGAAAAAAAAAAAAAUGUAGUAUAAAAAUAUUUUUAU